GAAAAGUACGUACCAAUGUAGGUCGGUGGAUGUAAGACCUUGACUUUGAGUCAAGGCCCUCUAAAGCAAACAAUUAACCAAAUUGUAAUUCUCUUCAGAUCCAUUCCAUUUCCAGAUCCAACUAUUCUCUCAUCUCAGCCUUGUUUAGUUUUGCUGUUGUUGCUGCUAGAAAUGGAAGCAGCAGCAAGCAUAGUUAUAUCCCCUGCUUUGCAAGUGAUCUUUGACAGAUUGGCAUCCCCAGCCCUACAAAAGCUUUCUGAUAUCUGGGGUGUCAAGGACAACCGCCACAACCUACAACGUGCCUUAACGAGGGUUCAAGCUAUUCUUCAAGAUGCAGAGGAGCAACAAUUAACCAACAAAUCUGUCAGGCUUUGGUUGUCAAAUCUCAAGAAUGCUGCUUCUGAUGCUGAGGACCUUCUGGACUCGUUUAUCGCUCAAGAAACUAUAGAAGGCUAUGAUACUAAGGACCUUCGGUCAGACGUGAAGAGUGCUUGUAAAGCUUUCACUAGUAUCAGUUUUCAAAUUACAAACGGCACUCCACAUGCUGAAAGAAUUAGAGAGACACUCAACAUGCUAGAAAUGACGAUACAUGAGGGGCUCUUGGAAUUUAAUUUUAGAGAGCCUAGUAUAGUAGAUCGACGAUCUACCAUAAGGGAGACUGGCUCUCGUGUCGUCGACUCAAAGAUAUAUGGAAGAGAUGAUGACAAAGAGAAGUUAGUCAAACUGUUACUAUCUUCUGAAACUUCUGAGGAUGGAUAUGCAACUUGUAUUCCAAUAAUUGGUAUUGGAGGAAUUGGCAAGACCACACUUACUCAGAUGGCAUAUAACGACGAGAGGGUACUCCAACACUUCGACUCUAGAAUCUGGAUUUUUGUUUCUGAGGAAUUCAAUGUCAAGAAGAUUAUGAAGGCAGCCAUUGAGCGUGCAACAGGAGUUGAAUGCAACUUGUCGGAGAUUGAACUACUUCAGUCUCGGCUUUCGCAAUUGCUGCAGAAGAAAAGAUAUCUGAUUGUGUUAGAUGAUAUUUGGACUGAAGACCAGGAUGAUUGGGACAACCUAAGACCUUUGUUUAGUGGGGGUCUUGAUGGAUGCAAAAUUAUUGUCACUACCCGCAGUCAAAAAAUUCCAUUCAUGAUGGAUUUCCCAAAUUCACCAUUUUUUUUGAACGGUUUAAAGGAUGACGAUUGCUGGUCUUUGUUCAAGAACCGGGCAUUUGGACGAGGAGAAGAAGAGAAGUAUCCAACUCUUUCGCGGAUUGGAAAGCAGAUUGUCAAAAAAUGUGGAGGUGUGCCAUUAGCAGCAAAAAGUUUGGGAAGUUCAAUGCGUUUGGAAAGAGAAGAAAACCAGUGGUCAUUUAUGCGAGAUUGUGAACUUUGGGAAUUAGAAGAAAGCGAACAUAAAUUUUUGCCUGCCCUGAUGUUCAGUUAUCAUCAUCUACCAUCGCAUGUCAAACAAUGCUUUGCAUUCUGCUCAUUAUUUCCCAAAAAUUAUGAGUUCAAGAAGCACAAGUUGAUUCAUUUAUGGAUGGCAGAAGGCUUCAUUCCACAAAAGGGAAGCAAGCGGCUUGAAGACAUCGGUAAGGAAUACUUUUCCAAAUUGUUGUGGAUAUCUUUCUUGCAAGAAGUACGGCUACAUGACGGUGGAGAAAUAAUUGGAUACAAGAUGAAUGAUAUCAUUCAUGAUCUUGCGCGAUAUGUUGCAGGAAAAGAAUAUGUGGUACUUGAACAGGGUCGGCCACAAAAUUGGUCACCAACAGAGAUUCGCCACGCAUCAGUUGUUUAUCGAUAUGGUGCAAGAAUUACAAUUCCAAAAGCUCUUUAUGAAGCAAAACAUUUGCGAACUCUCUUAUUGAUCGGAGAUUCUGGCUUGUUAGAUAACGUAGUGCUAUAUCAAAUUCCUUCAAGUUUUGACUACUUGCGUGUGCUAGAUCUCAACAACUGUGAUCUUCUUGAUCUGCCAGCAUCCUGGCGUCGCUUGAAAUGUUUGAGGUAUUUUGACUUGUCUUACACUCGUAUCUCCCUGUUACCUAGCAGCAUAGAGUAUCUCUCUGCUUUGCAGACCUUAAACCUAAUUGGUUGUCAUAAUCUUCGUCGUUUGCCAUUUUUGGGACGCAUGACCAGCCUAAGACAUCUUAAUUUAAGUGGAUGUGUGAGUUUGACUGGUAUGCCUUCUGGUAUUGAAAGGUUACACCAACUUCAGUCUUUGCCACUUUUUGUCGGACCCGGGAAGAAGUUGCCAGAACUUCUGGUCGAUACGAGUUUUCCACAUCCAGGGAUAGUGCGUAUACGUAGUGAUUUUAGUGAUUUAAAUAACCACCACCUCCAUAUGCUGCGUUAUUUAAAUCUUUAUGGGGAAUUGAAUAUUACUCACUUGGAGAAUAUUAAAUAUUUUAGACCAGCACGAUUGUUCAUGAAGGAAAAUCUUGAGUCAUUGGGAUUAUACUGGGGUCUUAUUCCGCAACUUAGAGAUUCAUUCCCAAAACUACCUAAUGCCCAACCUGAAGUAGGUGUCUCAGGAUCACAUUUAGCACCAGAACCUGAAGAAUUUACUGAAGGUCUGCAACCACACAAAAAUCUGAAAAAGCUAGUUAUAAAUGGGUACCCAGGAAUCAAAUUUCCUGAUUGGGCCCUCCCAAAUCUUGUCGCCGCUGAUUUCACCAACUGUAGAAGUUGUGAACAUCUUCCGGCCCUUGGGAAUCUUCCGCUACUUAAGACGCUUUCUCUGCAAGGAAUACAUGGCAUGAAGAGCAUUGGUACAGAGUUCUAUGGUGACGUUACAGACAUAUGGUUUCCAUCACUCGAAGAACUAUCAAUAAGUGAUUUUGCAAACUUGGAAGAGUGGUCAAGUGCAAAUGUUGGAAAUGCAUUCCCUAGAUUGAAGAAAUUAACUGUAAAGAGUUGCCCCAAGUUAGCACAUAUACCGUUACCUCAGUCCCUUCAACAUUUGGAGCUGCGGAAUUGUAAUCCUACGAUGGUGCACAUAGCAGAUUUAAGUUUGCUAUCUGUUCUUAUUCUUGACAAAAUUCCAGACCUAGUGUAUCUCCCAGAAGGGCUUGUUGCAUCAGCUAGUCUGUCUUCCUUGAAGAUUUUGUCUUGCCCCAAGCUUCAUUCAAUGCCUUUGGAGAUGCAAAACCUUAGUUCUCUGAAAUCAUUGACCAUUCGUUGGUGUGAAGAGCUGUCCUCUCUGCCACAAAGUUUACAGAACCUCAAAGCUCUGGAGUCACUGGAGAUUAGUAAUUGUAACAGUCUAAUAUCCCUGCCAGAUUGUGGAAUUGGAGGUUUGGGUUCGCUUCGAACUUUAUCCAUUGAAAACUGCAGUAACCUGACUUCUCUGUCUUCGAGUUUAGAACAGCUCAAAUUGCUUGAGCACCUGACCAUCAUGUACUGUCCAAAUCUUGGUUCUUUUCCAGCAGGUGUGCAACACCUCUCCUCCCUUCGAAGUUUGAUGGUUCUGAGUAGUACUUGGUUUGAUUCUCUGCCAGAAGGGUUGCAAAAUGUCAAGACCCUGCACUGCUUGGAAAUUAGAAGCUGCCCCAAUCUAACCUAUUUGCCAGAAUGGUUUAAGGAUCUUGAUUGUCUUAGAUCUUUGAUCAUAUAUGAUUGUCCUAAUAUAAAACUAUUGCCACCGGGUUUCAAUCUUCUCACUAAACUCCAGACCCUCUCUAUUCAAGAAUGUCCAGAGCUUGAGGAAAGAUGCAGACAAGGUAGCGGUGAGGAUUGGUCGAAAAUAGCCCAUGUCCCGCAUAAGUACAUUGGACUGCCUGAGGUAAAGCAGUCUGGCGAAGCGAGCACAUCGGGAAGCUCUUCUGUCCAAGCAUCUUCUUAGUGAGAAACUUCUAUUUCAUUGUCAUCAACAAGCUAUUAUCAUUAUGGGCCGCAUGGGUUGGAUGUUUUGGGGAGGGAGAUAGUGGUCAUAUGGGAAGGUUUAUUGAUGAUAGGCUUUUUGGGUUUUAAUCGUUUUAUAUUUGCAACUGCCUCCCAAGAAGCUGUUUCAAUGCUUAAUGGCAGAAUGGAUUGGUGGAGCAACAUUGGCAGUGUGGUGAAAGAUAUUAGACGGUUGGUGGUCAACAUGUAUGUGAAGGAUGUUUUGUAUCAACCUCGAAAGGGCAAUGGAGUGGCGCAUGCUCUUACUCAAUUUGGCUUGAAGGAAGGCUCCAGUUUCGUUUGGACGGCACCACCUUGGUUGGACUCUCUUCUAGGGAAAGAUAGGGAUGUGGGGUAGGAUGUUUUU